UCUGAUUUGAGCUGUAUUAUCUGAUGUCUGCUGCUUCUUUCUCCUGUAAUGGAAGUUUAAAAUGUAUUGACCGGUUUUCCAUUGUCUUUUUCCAGAUGAGUGUAAUUUAGUUUGCGCUGUUUUCCAUGCCGUAGGCUUUAUCGAUCGUUUCUCACAUGUCAGGCAGUUGUUCAUCUGCGGAUCUAGACCAUCAUUGCUCCAUAGUUCCUUUCGGAAUCGGGAUGUUUUGGCAUUCCGACAUCAUCCGGCUCACACGGAACUCUGAGACUAGGGACUUCUCUGCAGUUCUAACGGAGCUUAUUUUUAGAUUCCAGCACACGGUUUGAUGUCUGAGUCAGGCUGGGUCAUAAUAAUCAACUGAGGGUGACUAACCACAGACCCUGAGUGAUGUCUCUGAUCCUGGAUGCUUAUUUCUGACUUCCACCGGUGACCUGGAUGUGGAUGGACAGUGGGCUUGAAGAAAAUGUCCAAUAUCACCUCCAAAGAUCCCUGUUUGAGGUGAACACGACUGGAGAAGUCUAAAGCCGUUCUUAAGUUCAGUAAGCAGAACUCGUCCAGGUUCUACAUGGGGAACAGCAGUCGGAGAACCCAACCUCUUCUAGAGGAGACAGACUAUUUUUAUACAGGAGAAGUAGAUCGAGAAUCCCAGAAGUCUCACCUCUCCUCUUUCACAAUGAAAUUGAUGAAAUUUCAUUCCCCGAAGAUUAAACGAACUCCAUCUAAGAAGAGCAGACAGCUUCAGCCAGAGCCUACAGUGACGACUCCAGAGAAACCUGUUAACAAGAAGGUGAGUCGGUUAGAGGAACAGGAAAAGGAGGUGGUGAGUGCUCUACGUUACUUUAAGACGAUUGUGGACAAGAUGAACGUCGACGCGAAGGUUUUGCAGAUGCUUCCUGGUUCGGCUAGUAAAGUAUUGGAGGCCAUAUUGCCGGUGAUGCAUGUAGAGGCUCGAAUACAGCACAGUUCGGCAGUGUCCUCCUGUCAUAACCGCGUCUAUCAGAGUUUGGCGAAUCUCAUUCGCUGGUCUGACCGGGUGAUGCUGGAGGGCAUCGACCUCGACGACAAGGACACUGUGGCAACCGUCACCACGGUGAUCAAAGCUGUGCUGGAUGGUGUGAAGGAGCUAGUGAAACUCACUAUAGAGAAACAGGAGCAACCAUCCCCGACAUCCCCCAGCAAACCAGCACUUCCUCUGUCCAAAACAGAGAGUGUGUGUGAAAAUCCUCUAACCGAGCGAGAGAAGGCGAUCCUGAGUAAGACCACGCCCAUUGUCCCGCCCACUGCCAGCUUGACUGACAUGUCAGAGGAAGAGGUUGCUCCGCCCAAACCUCCUCUACCUGAAGUUAAACUGGCAGAGCACAGGAAAAGGAUGCAGUUGUGCUCCGAUCCUGUUGCCGGGCAGCGGAGGGCCACGACGAUGGAAACCCCGCCCGCUCUGCCUCCCAAGAAGCGACAGUCGGCCGCCUCCCCCACACGUGUUGCUGUGGUAGCGCCGAUGAGUCGAGUCCCAUGUGGUCCCAACCUGCCUCCUGGAGCUCUGAGACAGCAGCAGGAGUUUGACGUGGAUCUCCUCCAGAGGCGUUUCUCCGGUGGGAGCCAGUCAUACGACGGGGAUUCGCCUCGUCUUUCUCCCUGCAACAGUAUGGGAAAACUCAGUAAGUCCGUCGAGCAGCUCUCAUCUCUGGAGCGAGACAGUGGCCAGUGCUCGCGCAACACUAGCUGUGAAACACUAGAGGGAUACGAUCCAGAUUAUGACUUCCUGCAUCAGGAUCUAUCCGAUUCCGAGCCUUUACCGUUUCCGACAGGCACUGGUAGCAGUCUGAGCCCUCUCCCAGAAUGCCACGGGGAGUCUCCGUCGUUAAGCCCCGCCCAUGUCCCCGCCCACCCACGUUUCAGCGCUCCCGUCACCAAUCAGGCUUCCCCGGAGUACUGGACUCCGCCCCCCACACCUGGACCGACCAAUAGCGUGCUUCCUCCCGCCCUCCCACAGAAGCAGCGGCGGUCUGCGCCGAUUAUAUCGGCGUACCCUCUUUACGAGCGCCUCCCAUCGCACUACGAGAACCUGUCAGAAGAGGAGCAGGCCACUCCGCCGUUCCCGCUGCUGCCGCAGGUCAACGGAGACGACCUCUCGCACUGCACCGACACCGACAGCCCUCCGCCGCUGCCAGAGAAGAAGGGCAAACAGAUCCUCCAAUACAUGCAGUUUGUGGAGGAUUACUCUGAACCGCAGCCGUCCGUCUUCUACCAGAUGCCUCAGAACGAGAGUAUUUACGAGCAGCGGAGGAACAAGCGCUUUCAGGAGGUUUACGGCGUCAACGAUUCCUACAGCAGCUCCGACUCCGUCCACGAAGCCGUCCCUCCGCCAGCGCUGCCUCCCAAACAGAGACAGCUGGCCUCCUACACUUCUCCUCCUCCUCCUCCUCCUCCUUCGUCCUCCUCUUCCUCUUUUUCAAUUCCCCCUCCUCCUGCUGGGCUUCUGGAGGAGGCGGAGCCUGCUCUUGGUCUCAGCCUAUCAGUGUCUAACUCCUUCCUCAGUGGCCACGCCUCUUUGACCACACCUGUGAGUUCUGACGUGGUUGGUUUGACCAGUGCCGGCAGAGCUCUAGACGGUGGGGGUGUCUCUAACGGGUCCUUGACCAGCUCUCCGGUCUCUCUGGCCGUCUGUCCUCCGUCUGAAUCUUCUCUUUCUGAUUCACUUCUUACCUCUGCGAGUGAAAGUGUUGAUGAAGGCGGUGAGGGAGAGUAUGUGAACCUGUACUCCUCCACACAGGCUAAUGGAGAAAACACACACCGCGCUGACCCCUCAUCAUGUGAAGAUGAGCUUCAGGACCACACCCCUCACAUACCCACCUCCAACAGCAAAGAAGCCUUGUCUAAGGACAGGCCGAAGGAACCCAGUCAUGGUCAGAUCAAUGAUGUUGAUGAACUGUCCCUCAUUGAUCAUAAUGAGAUUAUGAACCGUAUCGCACUCAAAGCAGAGAAUGAUGAUGGUCCUGAUGUGAGAGCCGGCUCUGGUGAUAUACUAUUAGUUCACGCUACAGAAACAGACCGCAAAGAUUUGGUGCUUUACUGCGAGGCUUUUCUCACCACCUACAGAACCUUCAUAUCGCCCGAAGACCUGAUUAAAAAACUACACUACAGAUAUACUCGCUUCUGUCACAGUCCGGACACCUUUAGGAAGCGUGUCAGUAAAAACACCUUCUUUGUGCUGGUGAGAGUCGUGGAUGAACUCUGUCUGGUGGAGCUGACCGAGGACAUCCUGAGGCAGUUGAUGGAUCUGGUCUUCCGGCUGGUCUGUAACGGAGAGCUGAGUCUGGCGAGGGUCCUGCGAAAGAACAUCCUCGAUAAAGUGGAACAGAAGAGGCUCCUGCGACACAUGCACAUGCUCAAACCUCUCGCCGCGCGGGGCGUCUCUGCCAGGCCCGGCACGCUGCAUGAUUUCCGCAGUCAUGAGGUCGCCGAUCAGCUGACGUUGCUGGACGCAGAACUGUUUUACAAGAUUGAGAUUCCUGAGGUGCUGCUUUGGGCGAAGGAACAGAAUGAAGAGAAAAGUCCAAAUCUGACCCAGUUUACAGAGCACUUUAACAACAUGAGCUACUGGGUGCGCUCUAUCAUCAUCCAGCAGGAGAAAGCUCAGGACAGAGAGAAACUGCUGCUCAAAUUCAUCAAAAUCAUGAAGCACUUGAGGAAACUGAAUAACUUCAACUCUUAUUUGGCGAUUCUCUCGGCGCUGGACUCUGCACCAAUCAGGCGACUGGAAUGGCAGAAACAGACGUCUGAGGGUUUGGAGGAGUACUGCACCUUGAUUGACAGCUCGUCGUCCUUCAGAGCGUAUAGAGCGGCGCUAGCAGACGUGGAGCCUCCAUGCAUACCAUACCUGGGUUUGAUCCUACAGGACUUGACAUUCGUUCACCUCGGAAACCCGGAUUUUAUUGAUGGUAAAGUGAAUUUCUCCAAGCGCUGGCAGCAGUUCAACAUUCUGGACAGCAUGAGACGCUUCCAGCAAGUACACUACGAACUGAAACGGAACGAAGACAUCGUCUCGUUCUUCAACGACUUUAGCGAUCACCUGGCAGAGGAGGCAUUAUGGGAGCUCUCGCUCAAGAUCAAACCACGAAACAUCUCGCGGCGCAGGACAGAGCGCGAGGAGAAGACCUAGAACCUAAAAUCUAGAACCUCAGAGACAGUUUACGGUGAGACCUGAACCUCCUGCAGAACCUUGGGAACCCACACUAGAGUUCGUAAUCCGGUUCUGGAGCUGAUAUGGGCUGAACCGACACACGCAGGCUCCUAUUUGCACCAAUACAUUGAGACAUGGGCAGUAUUUUUCCCUGACUGUUGACUUUAAAACCUCAGGAGGGGAAUCCUGAUUCAGUAUAGAUAUUCAUAUAUGCAAUCGCGCGCGCACAGAGGACCCCAACGCUGUGAUAUAAAGCUAAAUCCUCACAACUUUCUAUGUUUGCGUGUACUGAUGUGUGGCUGUACAGAAAGACACACUCUAAGAGGGCUUGGUUGAUUUGAUAAUAAUACACUGUGCCUGAUGUAGUGAGUUUGUGUUUGUUUGUCCCGCUCAGACGUACCGUUUUGACCUCCCAAAGGUCUAUUGAUUCAACCUACGAUUCGCCCGUUUGGAAAUGGGCCACUUGGGAAACAGGCAGACAUGUGUGCAAUCUUAUAAGCGUUUUAUAAGGAAUAGUCACUGGUCUGUUGAAAUGAAUAUGUUUUGACAGACGUGUUGAGUAAUGGACUAUAUUAUUAGAAAAUUAAAGAACGAACUGGACGUUUGGACUCAUUUUUCACAUCGUCUUGCUAUAUUGUUUUGUGUGUGAUCAUGUGCAUCCCUCAUUAUAACUGUUUACGCUGUCACAUGGUCCUCGAAUUCCAAAAAAUCGUCAAGAACGUGCUUUUUUUACCUUAAAAAAAAAAAAAAAUUUACAUUGUGACAUUAUUUUCAUGACUAUUUCUUUUCAUGCACAUUUACUUCCCAAUUAUCAGUAGCUUGCAAAAUGCAAAUAAAUAAAUGAUUGCAUAAAGAAAUUCAAAAAUGCAUGAAUAUAAAAAUAUUAAUGUUAAUUUUAACUCAAUUUAAUUAGUAAAAUCAGUAAAAAGUAAUGUGCAUUUGUAAGGCACAAACAUAAUUGUAGUAUUUGUUGUACUGUGAAUUAAAUUAAUCCUAAUUUAAAGGGGGAAAAUGGUUCACAUUCAUGAAACAAAAACAUAAAUUAAAAAUAAAUUUUAAUUGUCCAUAUAGCAUUUAUGCAAUUUUUUUCACAAGUUUAACAUGAAAAUAUUUUUAAGAUUCAAACAGAAAAUCAUUAAAUUAUUCAAUGCAUAAAAAAGAUUUUCAAAUCACAAAGAAAAGUGUUCAUGCUUUAUAAAUAAGAUUGGAGCUAUAUAUAGAUCAAAGAUGAAAAAAGGGUUUAAGCAGAAAAACAAUAAGUGUAAUACUGCUUUGAAUAGUUGUUAUUUUUCCUAAAUUUUUUCCCUAAAGUUUUCUGUUGAAUUUAAUUGCAGCUUUGUUUUUGUUUUUCAGAGGAAAAUAUAAAUAUCAAACAUUUUCCCUAAUUUACAGAAGACACCCACUAAAAUGUCAUUCUGUGUAACAAAGGCAUAUUUAAAACAUUUAAAACAAUCAAAUUUAAUAUGCUCCCUUAUUAUUUUUUUUAUCUUUUACCAGUCAGAAUAAGCAUUUUUUAUUUUUUUUUUACAGAAAUGUUGUUAUGCUGAAUGACUAUAUAUACAAUUUUCAACCAAAUUUUGACCCUUUAUUCUGUAAACUUAUUUGAAAUCUUAAAAGUAGACACUUAACUUAUAUUUAAUGUGCUUUCUAUGGAUAUUAAAUCACUUUUGUUUAUUUCUUUUGAUGCGGACAUCAUAAUAUCUUGUAUAUAAUCUCAAGCUUAAUUGUCAUGAAUAGUGUCAUAAUGCAAAAAAUGAAAUAAAAAAUAAUCGUAAUGGCUUUUUUCUUCAUCCAAAUCUAAUUUAUAUAUUUUUAAGAUCUUUUGUUUAUUGCAAAAAAUGACCUUACCAUUUACCGAAGCAGACUGUGAUGUCACAGAGAGGGGCGGGGCUCAGUUUGACAGCGUGCUGGUGGAUGUUUUUUUGUUUUUUUUGGGAUGUGUAUGAUAUGUUCUGUAUAAAUGUACAUGUACAGGUGUGAUGUAUAAUCUCCCAUCAUGUAGAAAGAGCAGAGGACAUAUAUUUUCAAACCAAACGAGUCAUGCACUAAAAUAACAUUAUGAGGCAAAAAAAAAAAACUAAAAACAUGAGGACUGAAUAUGCUGUGAUCUCUGAGCAUCAGAGAGAGAGAGAGAGAGAGAGAGAGAGUGUGUGUGUGUGAGAGAGAGAGAGAGAGAGAGAGAAUAUGUUUUUUCUACAGAACGUCAUUAUUCACAUAUGGGAGAAGGGAAGCUGAAGCCACUUUCUUCAGUGUGUGUGUGUGUGUGUGUGUGUGUGUGUGUGUGUGUGGCGUCUGUGAUGUUUACCUACUUCUGGGAAUUUUUUCCUGUUAUAGCUAUGAAAUCCUGUAUAUUCAACCAAUAAUAAAACUGCUCUUUGUAU